AUGGCGCGUUUAACAAUUAUCCAUUUUCAAGACGUCUUUACCAAAAUGAGGAUGUCUCUUUAGGGCUGAACCUUUUAACUAGGGUUAAAUUGGAAUUAAACAAAUGGUCUAUGGGACGACUUGGAAAAAUGUUUUAUUUUUAAACAACGGUAAACAUUUACACUGAGUCUAAAUAGCCAACUUGUGUGUGUGUAAUCCAAUGUUAAACCACCAAUUAAAGAGGCAAUUGUGGGAAUCAAUGCAAUGCUUGUUUGCAGCACUGGUGUCCUCAACAGGUCUGAAAAUGAGCAGUAUUUAAAGAGUCAUUGUAACGUUGAAUGAAAUUAUAAGUAUUUUAUGUGGCGACUGUAACUAAAAUACCUUCCUGCUGAAAAUAUGAACUCCUUAAAAUAAGAUGGCAUCUUAUUAAUACGUCAAAUUAAGUCUUGACUGAUGGUAAAAUUAGCCUUGACAAGGUGACUGGGGACGUUGUCACUCGGCCAAUCGGAACGGGGACCGAGAUCCGAGACUCGCGCUGCGAGCUGGAGGCGCAACUGAGCAUCGAAACCAGCUAACUUGCCCCUGAUAUCAACGGGUAACGUUAGCUAGUGUUUACGAGACACCCAACACGAGUGUAUAGGUAAUGUUCUAACAAAGUUUAAUGACCGUUUUGACUCUUCAAAAACGCUUCUUAUCCUGUCGUUGGCAAACAAAAGCGACCCAGUCAAGUCUCCCAAAUUGUAAGCUAGCUUUAGCUAGCGUUAGCUUGCAAACACUUUGCUAGCCAAAUCGCCCUAUACACAGCGGCCAUAUUGACGUCAUCGCAGGGUAAUUCCAGAAGUGGAACCCCACAGGACUAAAAAUGGACUGGUUGCACUGUAACCAGUGCUUCACCAGGAGAGGGUCCAGGUUUGCCGUGUCCAGCUGUGGCCACAUCUGCUGUGACGCAUGCAUUAAAUCCAAGCAGUGCAGUGUAUGCGGCGUCGGCUGCAGUUACUUGCACAUCACAGAUGAGAUGAAGCCACAGGAAAAGGUGUUUUUCGAGGACCCCACGAAACUCAUCCAGUCACGGCUGGAGCGCAUUUCACAGAUUGCAGUUUUCCAGCGGACGCAGACAGAGAGAGUGACGGCGCACUUCAGGCACAAGUCUGUUGAACUGGAAAGGCGACUGAAGGAAGUCACUGAGCAGAGUUUCAGGCAACUCUCUGAGUUGAAAAGGGAGAAUGCUGUAUUAAAAAAGCAGCUUUUAGAACUGAAAAGAGAGACCGAUGAUUUGAAAAAGCCACUUUCCCAGCGCAGGGUUUCUCCAGGACAGUUUCAUACAAACAGAACUCAACGGAUGUCCCUCCCGGUGGCCGUCACCUCUCCAGUCACCCCUCGUUCCAGAAGCAUGAACUACUUUAGCUCAGAAGAGUCUCGCGGGUUGGCCAGAGACCGGGGUCGCAGUCCCGCCUCCCUCACAACUCCUGGAUCAGUUUCCUCUAUUUCGAGCCACAGUUCUCUUCAUGAACAUGUACACGGAACACCCACGUCCUUCAGCACUCCUAUGAGAACUCCGCGUCAGACGCCUAAUGUUUUCCCGUUCCAGUUUAUGAGUGGAUUAUCAAUACAUUCACCCCGACAUCAGUGAAGUGGCCCCUGACAAUUGGACUAGUUAAGGAGUCCGUAGCCAUUGUUUACUUUCUUUACCUAUCACCAGUUGGCACCAACGAUUUAAUUUAUUAAAAUAGAGAUGUUAACUUUACAUGGAUAUUGAACUGUUGUUAACAUGUGGUUCUGUUGAUCAAAUUAUCUGACAAAUUGUGUUAUUUAUCAAUGGUUAUUUUUGCAAAAACUCGCAACAACUUUGAUAUCAUUUGAUAUCAUUUCUGCAGUGUGGCUUCUGAAUUCAUAUUUAAUGAAACAAUAAAUUUGAUG